AUGGCGACCAAAAAGGAUAUGCGCAGGCCAGACUUGAUUGUGCCGUAUCAGGCACCGGCUCCCAAGGCCGACGGCGCAGAUAUCCAGUCCACACUUUCCUCGACGCUACCAAUGGCAGCUAUUUUCAUGAGGAACCGCUUCAUCGGAUGGGCUGCGGUUGUAUUUAGUUUACAGAGCUGGCUGGGCGAGAGCGAGGAGUCCAAGAACAGUUCAGCAACCCCUGGCUACUUUGGCGUUGGCAUGUCGCUCAUGUCCCUUGUUGUCUGCUACCUGCCGAUGUUCCUUCCUCCCCAAGCCGGUGGCCUAAAUCGCGGAGCUACAGGAACUGAUGCUCCUCCCCCGGUCCCUCCCUCAUAG